GGGACGAUAAUUCUCACGUUCUCCAUCACUUUCCGUCGAUCCAAACCAGAGCGAAGAGUGGGAACUACACGCGAAUCAUCAUCAUCUCUACGUAAUGUAAAUUUUGAAUUCGAGGAAGAAGACGAAAUCGGAGCAUUGUUGGAUCGAUUUUUGAAGUUUAGAGGAGGAAAUGAUGGCGUCGGAUCCAAAACUGAAGGCUGAGAUCGGAGCCGAUGGUCUUGCAAGAGAAGCUCCUGUUAUUGCUUACACAGAGAAGAUAAUCGAAGAAGAGCAAGUUCAGUUGAGGAAAUAUAUUGAGGAGAACUAUACAAAGAUUAGGGAUGUUGAAAGGGAAUUUGGAAACCUUUCAAUGGAAUUGAAACUUACUGCUGGACCUAAGAAAGCAGCAAUGGAACACUUGCGAAAGAAAAUCGAAGUCGCAACUGAAAAGAUCCAUGUUGCUAAGUUGAAAGAAGAAGAAGCUCGAAAGGCAUUUGAAGCAGCAUCAAAAGUUGUAAAGGAUGAAGAAGCAGCAAAACAGAGUCUUUGUGAAGAUUUAAACCGGCUGGUACAACAAAGCAGCAAUACGCAGUACGCCAGACUUGAGGAAUUGAAAAGAAGACUAGAAGCGCUGAAUCCAAAUAGAUCAUCUACUUCUGUUCAGCAAGUCCAAGAACCGGAGACUAAAUCUGUAGUAGACAACUCACCAGCAGCCAAUGCUAAUCAGACUCACACGGAAAAACCAGAUGGGAAGGAGGAGGGAGGUAAAGAACAUGGACAGAGGCCAGCAACAGCUGAAGGAGAAUCAAAAGCGAAAAAGAAACCACAGAAUCAAGGAAAGGGAAGAGGAAUUGGAAUCAUGAACAAAGGCAGAGGAGGUUGGACAGGUGCUGGAUUCGAUGUCGAUGGUAGAACUUGAAAUACAUAUAUCUAUUAUAA